UCUUGAUAAGUCCAGGGGUUAAAACAGCAACUGAUAAUGUUCACAAGGCGUCUCGCCUUAUAUUCAGUCUAUUUAUUUCCUCCUUUCCCCUAUAUAAGUCGCCGGCCAUCAGCAGAUACGACGUUAACUGUGAAAGCGAGAAACGACUCUUUGCAAAAUGGCAAAUUCAUAUAUUUUGCUUCUUAAUUUCUUAAUCGUGCAAAGUAUUUUUAGGCCCACACAUGGGAACAUUGGUAGGUAUCUCUAUAUCAAACCUGAUCAACAAUUGUUGCAUUUUGUAGUGGUUUUUUUUCGUGUAGGAAACGAGAAUGCACUAUGUUAGGUUAAAUAUGUCAGCUAGGAAAGAAACUGAAUUGAUUGAAAAGAACUCGGAUUGCCGUUAUUGGCUUCUUAUCGACACAUGAAAAUCAACAUCUUCAUAAUUGUACUGUGGGUUAAGACAUAAUUAUACUGACAUUAUUGCUCUCUCUCUCUCUCUCUCUCUCUCUCUCUCUCAGUUUAUAGUCUUUCAAUUGUUUUUUAAGUUCCCCGAUCUUGUGAAGAGGUGUUGCGGCACUUUGGUGGAGGAGCAUUCAGCGCAGGUGUGUACACCAUAGAUCCGGACGGCCCAGGCGGACAGCCACCGUUUCAGGUCACGUGCACAACAUCAAAAGACCUCCCAGGACAUGGAAUCACCUUGGUAUCACACCAGAGCGCCUCACAGCCAAAAUGGUUCCACCAUUCAAGCACUUUUAUUGUGCCUGUUGAUUUUACUUACAAACCGACUAUGGCCCAGCUCGAAAGCCUCAUCAAGGUAUCUAGGAAUUGUCGCCAGUUUGUCAAGGUUUUGUGCUACCAUUCACAUCAAUUUUACAAACCGCAUUGGUGGUUUUCCAGACAAGGUUUGGCGAUGUCAAACUGGGGUGGCGCCCCCACCAACAGUUUUAUGUGUGCUUGUGGUGUACAGGGACACUGUGAUGACCCGGGAAAACCCUGCAACUGUUUACUCAAUGACAAGGUUUGGAGAAGUGACGAGGGCUACUUAGAAGACAAACGCUAUUUACCAGUAACACGUGUGUACGUGAGGGACACAGACAAUAACUACCCCGAAGAGGCUUACUUAACUGUCAAAGGCCUGGAAUGCUACGGGGAGAUAAACAAAGGACACUCCACAGAAAGAUGCCGGUGCAGCCUCCACGCCGAGGAGAAUUCCACCACGCCGGGUCCUCUACUCCUGCAGCUACCAGAUAUUGUCUAUGGUCAGGGUCAGGACGACGUGUGGCUAGAAGACGGCACCAAAACGACAAAGAUCACAGAUGUCUACCCCCAGUUCUUCAACACCAAGAAGCGCCGACAAAUCCCCCCAGUCACCCAAGUAACCCCUGGCCUGUCCCCCCAGUGUGCUAGUGCGUUACAGCGUUGCCCAGUGGAUUGUGAACGUUUAGCAAAGUUAAGAUUUGCGAACACAAAGCUGACUGAUGCCAUUUUAAUUAAUACCACGUGGAUGCCUUAUGGACAAAUCAUGUGUAAGAAUGCGGCUGUGAAGUUAGCCCCUCCUGGACGAAGAAUCGUGGCGUUCUACAAGGUGGCUCCACCUUGCGGCUUUGCACAGAGCUCCACGUACGCGUUCCCCGACUCAACUGUCCUCUGCUGCGAAGUAUUUACCAUUGCUGGUCAGGUUCUGAAAAUCUUUGAUGCUCAGUGCUCUGGAAUUAAUCCUGGAAGUUUGGGCCCACUUUUGGGGUAA